UGACAGACAGCGUGUUAUUUUAGGAAACUUUUGAAGUAGCUAACGUUAGCUAGCUAGCAACCAUAGCUAGGUGUCUGUUUAACUACAGUACACAUCACAGUUGUAUUGUCUUUUUAUGGAAAAGCUUUGCGCAUCAAGGCAAGAAGACAACAUGAAAGAGUUGUUGACCUGUUUUCUAGUUUGUGAUGUUGUUGCAGUUGUGGAAAAGUUGCGAAUGACACUUGGCUAAUGCUAGCUAAUAGGCUAUCCAGCUGUGUUCUAGUAGGGAACUUUUCCUCGUGACCAGUUUAGCUGUGUCAACCAAACUAAGCGUUUUGCCAACUGUUGAUGAUGGUAGUUGUAAGCCUGCCAACGGCCAGCUUUUGAGCUACAGAUGUUAGUAGCUUGCUGCUGUAACGUUAGCUCGCUGGCAUGACGUGGAAGAGGUUUGUUUAGCUACUAUCUGAUUAACUGUCAGUCUGACACAUCCACCACACCACGGUCAUCUCAUCAACUUCCGUACCCCUGUAAAAGUUCUGCAAGGAUAGCUGUGAUGACAAUUUGUUUGCAUGCAACUAUCUAUAUUAUUAUAAGAUAGACAAUAUGUUUAGUUUAAUGGGAAAAACAUGUUCAUUGAUGUUGCAUUACACUUCAAUGUCAAGAAGAGAUGGAUCUUGGAUGCACUGAGCUAGCUAACCAAAAGCUGAAGCUCUUAUGGAAAAGUCCCAUUGGAUACCAAUCGGAAAUCAUCAUGGGAUACAGGUCAUGGGGCCCCAGUUUGGUUGUUUUCACUUAAAAACCCAAUGGUGUGACCGCGGAGCAAGCUCAACGCAACUUGCAACUGCUCAGUUCACUUGCCCCAGGCAACCCAAAAAAUUGACCCAGAUAAAAGAUACAUUUAUUUUUCAUCUCUCUGUGUUUAACAAUUUUCCUUCAAUUUGCAAGUGGCUGAUGUGUCUCACCGGAGAAAGCAUCCGAUCGAGUGAAACAGUGCUCUGUCUCCUGUAUGUGUAGCCUAUCUAUCUGAUGCUGUCUGGUCAAAAGGAGCAUGACAUUGUUGCCGCCUGUAGCAUUGAAUGCAAGGGAAGCCAGCAAGCAUUUGGCUUCCCUUGAUAAAAAUAAAAUAAUAGCCAAUCAGCGUUGAGCUAAACUGAGUGAGCCCACGCAUUUUACCCACACACUGCUAUAGCUGUCCAAAGGGUUCCAAUGGGAAUUCCAAUAGAAGGCACAUUUUGUGGUUGAUAGAGUAGUGGGUGGGUGUGGGCUGUCCACUUCCACUACAGGUCGGCUGUCCACAUCCACUACAGGUCGGCUUCAUAAGGCUGUCCACAUCCACUACGGGUCAACCCCUGAAAUCAUACCAAACACACACAAUGGCUUGAAAGUUAAGCAUUUCACUGUACUUGUGCAUGUGACAAUAAAACUUGAACACACUCCCCUUGAAGUUAUCCUCUACCGUUACGCUUCCCGCCAGACAUAUUACCGUUCAUGUUUUUUUCCCCAAGACAUACUGUAUGUCCUCAUGUGAUUGGUUACAGGUUGUCUAACACUGUGCUACACCUAGUACAACGUGUCUUAUAUGAUAACAGUCUUAUAUGAUAACAGGCCUAUGUGACGGACCCCAGGGUGUUCUAACAGACAAGUUGUUGUCUCUUCAGCUCUUUUCCAUAGUGGUGUUUGCCACCAUCACUGGAGAAGGCUAUGUCAACCCUCCACAGCAAAAAGACACCAAAUGCAUGUUCAACGGGAAUGACAGCGCAUGCGGCUUCGGAGUGGGUAUCGGAAUUUUGGCCUUUCUCGCCUGCGUCAUCUUCAUCGUACUGGACGCCUAUUUCCCUCAGAUCAGCAACGCCAAAGAGAGGAAGAACAUUGUCACUGGCGACUUGGUCUUCUCUGGAGUGUGGACGUUGUUCUGGUUCAUCUGCUUCUGUGUCCUGGCCAAUCAGUGGUCUCACACCACCGAAACAGCGGCCAUCUCUGCCGAUGCCGCCCGAGCCGUAGUGGCCUUCUCCUUCUUCUCCAUUGUCACUUGGGCUCUAUUGACUACAUUUGCUUAUACAAGAUACCGCCAAGGAGUGAGUGACAUUGACCAGGGCUACACAGACCCAGCCAAUGACUACAGCACCCCUUACCCAUCUACCUCCGCCUAUCCGCCAUACCCCACCAGUGGGCCAGAGGGCUACCAGCAGUCCCCUUUCACCCCCCAAAACCAAGAGCAACCAGCACCAUAUCAGCCCCCGUCUUACUGAGGGACUGAACCAUUGACCAGAUUUGGGGGGAGGAUGUUUUUUGUUUUUUAAGUUGCCAUUGGUGCCUGUAGCCUGGUCCCAGAUCUGUUUGUGCUGUCUUGCCAACUCCUACAGUCAUUGUCAUGCCAAACACAAAAAGAUCUGGGACCAGGCUAUGGUGCCUCAGCUAUGUGGCUGAUCUCAGCACUCCACUGGUCCUCUCCUUUUACCUAACUGUUUAAGUCAUAGCUGGUGUUGCGCUUACAUAAUGAAGGGUGUGUUGACAUGAUUUAAGUUGGUAUUCAUAUUGUAGUUUAGAUUUUGAAUGGAUAUUUUGCUGCAUUUUUAUACAUACAACUAGAGGGCCUGAGCUGAGCUUCAGGUAGAAUCUAUGGAAAACUGUUACUAGGGUAAAACCUAGAAUGCCAUGGAAAAAUAUGAGAUUGAGUGCCAUCACCACAUGUUAUGUUUCUGUUGUUCUCUGUACUGUUUGUCUUGUAACAUAUGUAAUGCAGUUAUGUGGACACUGAAGUUCAGAUCAAACCACUAAAACAUAUGUCGCUGGGAACAUUGCUUUGUAUUGCAACUAAUGAGGCUAUGCUAUGCUAUGGACACAAACUGUAUUUUUCUAUGCUGCCUAAUCCAGUUAUAUGGUAUAGUGCAUAUACAAAUACCUUUUGAUAAUUUCAAUGUAUUUCAACGUUAUAGCAAGCCCAGGAUAUCAGAACGUAUUGCCAUAUAUCUAGAAAUCAAAUGUAUUGCUAAAUUAUUGACAAACGAAGACUGUUUUUGUUUUUCUCUGCAAACCCAUACUUUUAUUUGUCCCAAUAAUGGGUGCACUGUCUGAAAAAUGCUACCCUUAACGACUACUGUAUGUCAGUGCUUUUAAAAACCACCACUGAACUCACUAAGAGCCUAUUUCCCAUGCCCAGUUUAAACCUACUCCUGGACUGAAAUUCACGCUUAAUGGAAAGUCUCCAUUGCAAGUAGAUUUUCGUCCUGGAAUAGGUUUAUUAAUCUUGGUCUGGGAAACCAGCCGUACAUUUUUGGGGGAUAAAUUGGAUAACACGUUAUCUUUUUGUCAUGUGAAUGUCAUUUCUAGUACAUGCUCCCAGGUCAUGUUAACCCUUUCGUUCAAUUUUUUAUUGUAGUUUCAAACGAGUCUGUAAUAUAUUUGGUAAACGAGGGUGUGUGUUGUUUAGUAUCAGGAAGGCCCUCUCCUCAACUUGUUUGUCUCCUACCUUCAUCUAUUCCGAACGUGCCUUGGAAAGGUUUUAUUCAGUUCUGGAGUGUUCUUGUCCCCGACACACACCUUUUCAGACAAAACUCAUAUCAGAAUUCUCAUAGAUGAGUUUAACAAAAUACCAUCUAGUAGGUAAUAUAUACAGUAUAUUGAAUUGUAAUGGUAUUCCAUUGAAAGAAAAUGAGUAGGCGGCCAGUACGUUGCAAUAAACUUUAGUGAACUAUUAACAGAAUAUAUUUACACAAUACAUAUGGGAGCAGUCAGCAUACUACAUUAGGACGCACAACUGCAACGUGUUUCGACUACUAGUCAUCCUCAGGCAGCGUUGUGAUAUUAAAUUGAAAAUUGUUUUGUAAAUGACCUAUGCCUUUUAAUCCUCCUGGGCAUGACAAUGCCUUCCAUACAGUACCAGACUAAGAACCUUCACCAAAAACAACAUAUGGUCCUGCCUUUGUUCUUGGUUUAUCUUUGGUACAAGCUCAUUUAUUUACGUUCUCUCUGAUGAACUCAUCUCACCACUUAUUAUGCUCUCUGUCUUGGGUUUCAAGAUUGCACUGAGAGACUUUACAGUCUGUUGCACAAAGUGCCUUAUAAAAGCCUACUACACCACCGCCGAACCUUUGUCAAAUAAAGGCUUUUCCUGUUUGGA